CUCAAGCUUCCACCAUUGCAACCUGCAUCUCCUGCUCAACUGCCUCUCAUUAUGAUACCUCAUCGCCCAGACGAAGGCCGGCCGUAUUCUGGACCUCCGGGGAGGCCUUACGCCUCCCGAGAUGAGCGAGAUGGCCGCAUGUACGAUGAUCACUCACGCUCACGCUCACGAUCGCCUGGCGUUGUGGCUAAUAUUCUGAGCUUUGAUUUCCUGGGACAUCAAGACCCUUCUCGUACUUCUGCUCAACGAGCAACGGGCCGCAGGCGCGAAUACAACAGAGACGCAGAUUCCGGAGCGCAUCUUGAAAAUCGCGAUCGAGAAGAAUACCGUCACCGGUCACCGCCAAGGCGAGGAAGACAGGGCUAUCGGGAUUGGGAUCGUGAAGGCUAUCGGUCACCGGAUUACAGUCGCGGGGGAGGCUACAGUCGCAGUCGUAGCCCUCGCCGGGGACACUCUGGAUUCGGCGCGGAAAGCCGAGAAAUUAUGAUGGAGGGCUUUCCUGUGGAUAUGACGGAGGACGACAUCGGAGCGGAGCUUGAGAACGCUUAUCAAAUUAGCGGCUUGGAGGAGAUCCGGGUCAUUCGGGACCGGCAGACUAAACUAUCGCGACAACUGGGCUUCCUACGAUUUACCUCCAUCGAUGACGCACGAGCUUUUCUCGAACAGAAUCACCCAUACAUUUACCUUUACGGCCCUUCGGCAGGAGAGAAUGACCGGAGCACAAAGGUUCGCAUAGCGUACAGCCGGGAACGAGAGGACCGAACUCGAGUCAAGACUGAGGCAGACUGGACUUGUCGAAUGUCAGGCCCAGAAAUCCUUCCUGCGGGUCCGCCGGGUGUUCCUCCGGCAAAACUUGUCAACAAUGGCGACAAUGAUGCUGCGCCUGACAAUCAACCUUCUCAGUUCAUCCUUUUGCGAGGAUUAGAGUCUUCGGUCACCGAGGAGCUUCUAGCAAAAGGUGUUUCCAAGCUUUACCGCCCAUCCGCCGGGAACAAUGAGGCUCCUGCCUCAGGUAAUCAGAAGAAAGGCGCCAAGGUCGCCUCCACAACUGGCGACUCCAACCUUGGCGCUCGUGAGGGCUCCAUUCGCCGGGUGUUACUAGUUCGAGAUCGGAAGACGAACGAAAGCUGGCGCUUCGGCUUCGCUGAGUUUGCCAAUGUUCUGGAUGCGCAAGCCGCCAUGGCACGCUUGAAUUCGUUUGAAAAAUUUACCAUAUCGUCUAAACCUGUCCUGGUCAGCUACAUACACGCUGGUGUAUUUGUCCCAGUCAUGGACUUGAACCCUGGUGCGGCGCAGUUCACAUUCAGCCCACUGGCGAACCCAUCCGCAAGACUCAUGUACUGGGAUGACGAGGGAUACGCCAGUGAGUUGGUGCUUACGUCAGGUGAAGAAAACAAUGACCAAGAGCGACCAAGGAGCGCAAGAGGUGUCGGGUCGAGGGACCAAAGCGAAGCCAAAGGUCCUCGAGAGUCUGACAAAGCGAAGAAACGAAAAGCCGAUGCGGCUGCAGGAGCUAACGCCAAAAAGCUUGCCAUGCCAUCUCAAUUGCAAUUCUGGAGUAAUCGGCACGCCGAGCUUCAUGGCAUCGCGAAGGAUGGAUCUGACCCAGUGAUGGAGGGCGAUGCAGAGAAAGCUGCAGAGUCUGCAGAAGCGAUUGCUCCGCCCGCUCAGUCGUUUGCUGACCUCAACCGAAACUGUUGCUAUCUUUGUAUGCGGCAGUUCAAGAGUUCAGCCAAUGUCAAUCGACACGAAAGAUUGAGCCAGCUACAUCGGGAGAAUCUCAUGAGCGAAGAGGCCAAAUCCCGUGGCAUGGCAAAGCUCGUCAAGCACGGCAUCAUCCCGCAGCCCGCCGAAUAUCGUGACCGUGCACGUGAGCGUCGUCAGGCCUUUGGUCGCGGCAAGAAGACCAGUGGUGCUCGCACCAAACUCGCCGUCACUCAAGAGGAAGAGCCCGCGCAGACGACGUCCAAGGGCGCAUCCCUGCUAAGCAAGAUGGGCUGGUCAGCCGGUUCCGGUCUGGGGGCAUCAGGCACCGGUGUCACUGCUCCCAUUGCAACCGAGGUGUACGCGCAGGGUGUCGGGUUGGGCGCUCAAGGUGGUAAACUCGGGGAUGCUGUGGAAGAAGCUGGUCGCAACACACGGGGUCGGUAUGAUGAAUUUUUGGAAAAGACUCGCGAGACUGCUCGGCAACGUUACGAUCAGAUGAAUCAGUGA